AUGGAAUUUCAAAAUUCCCGAAACCGACAACUUCAAAUAUCCUCUGUCAAUAAAAGUUCUUUGAUUGGAAUUGGGGUUACUGAAAUUUUACUUGGACUAUCUUCCAUCGGUUGUUGUAUUGCAACAAUAAUCUUUGCCGCGGACAGAUACUGGGAUUGCUACUGGAAUAUUUUAUACCAUUACCAUGAUGAUUCUGGUUACCAUUACAUUGAUUGCGAGCUGCCACGUUUUUCGUUGUCUGCUCAAGGAAUAUGGGCUGGAACUUUUACUCUGAUUGCUGGAUGUAUCAACAUUGAUUUCGGAGCGAAUCCGUCGAAAAAACUAGCAUCCUAUAGCAUUGGAUUUUCAACAUUUUCAACUUUGUUGAACUUGGCCAUGGUUUGUUUGGAAGUGUUUGCCGUUUUUGACAGUUACUAUUACUAUUACUACUAUAGCUGGACAUUACAAAAUCUACACAUAGCCUUGCUAUCGAUUGCCAGCUUACAAGUCAUAUUUACUUUUACAACAUCUGUUUUAUCAUGUUGUGUUGGAGGAUGUGGCGAGUGCUGUGGCAACGAUCAGGUCAACACGGUAGUUAUUCCAAUGACUUCAACAGCAUAUCCUCAACAAGGCGCAGUCAACAAUGCUUAUAUGGCAGAGCAGCAAACGAGAUACUUGCAGCCUCAACCUCAGCAAAUGUGGGCACAUCAGCCUUCAGCUGUGAUUGAGACAACAAUGACAUCUAACGCCAUGCAUUUGCCUGGAGCUGUUCAAGCAAAUCCACCGUCAUAUGACAGAGGAACGUCGAGGCAACCUACUCAAAUACUGGAAACGAGCAUGGAAGCAAACGAGAGAAACAUAAAUCACAAACCGACACAGUUAACAGGGAAGGUCGCUAUGAGUUCGCCUCUCGCGUACCCUGGACAUAUAGUAAGGCAACCUACGCAAAUGCCGAUGCCAAUUUCUAUGGAAUCACAAAUAGGAAACACAACAUCUCCAGAAACGGACCAGAUUAAUGUACAUCGGCCUUCAGUUGUGAAUGAGACAACAAUGGCAUCUAACGCCAUGCAUUUGCCUGGAGUUGUUGAAGGAAAUCCAUCGUCAUAUGGCAGAGGAACAUCGAGGCAACCUACUCAAAUACCGGAAACGGUUACCAUGAAAGCAAACGAGAGAAACAUAAAUCACAAACCGACACAGUUACCAGGGAAUGUCGCUAUGAGUUCACCUCUCGCGUACUCUGAACAUAUAGUAAGGCAACCUACGCAAAUGCCGAUGCCAGUUUCUAUGGAAUCACAAAUAAGAAACACAACGUCUCCAGAGGCGCAGUUAUCGGGGAACGCUGAUAUGAACUCGCCUCCCUCAUACAGUGGACAUAUCGAGUUACCAGAACCAGAGACAAACGUUCACACAUUGACUUCAUUGGAAAACAAUGAGGCAAAUGAAAUGGAAUACAUACAAGAAUAGUAUUCUUCUGUGUAAUUUUAUAAAUAUUGAAGUUAAUUCAUGCCUGCCUAUGUAUUUUAAGGCUUAAAAUAUUAAACUUUAAUGCGAUUACAACAGUCAUGUAAGUUUGUUAGUAGCGAGAUGAUAGAUUUCAAGCUACCCGUCCAGAAAAUGUUGUGAAUAUUUUAAUUUUGCCUCAAAAUAAUUUAAAAUAUUCGUUUUUGUACCUAUCGUACUGUGAAUUGUUAUGCUGCGACCAGAUUAUAUACUUGUACACUGUAUAAUGUAUUCAGUAAUCUUUGACUGAAUCUGAUGACUUGACCUUGAUGGCCUGAAAUUGUGAACAAAAGCAGCAAUAGCAAGCUAGUAGUCCACGUGGGAAGAAUGUGAAGCGGUCAGUUGAAAGCAAUAUUUCUAUGCUUCAGUCGCCCCCAUAUACGUUCGAUUUUGCUUUAUAAAAAUACUACUAUCACAUGCGUUAAUGAAGAAUCGUUUUUGUACUGUAAUGCUCGAUCAGAUUUUCCUAUUUCAUUUGAUUCGUAGUGUUAGACUCAGAAAUGUUCAGUUAUUCCCAUUUCUUACUGCAUUUUAGUAAAAAUUCUUCCGUUUUGAGAAAAGUACGAGUUGCCGUGUUAACAAGCCCCAAAACAACCAAACUAGAAGUGUUCGAUAUCUAUGUAAGCACUUUUAUUUUUGAAGGAAAAUACAUGGAAAACUGAACAUACUUUUAAAAUGAAAUUAUUUUUUCCAUCUGCUGAAAUCAGCAAGAAUAUAUGCUUUGAAUUGUGUA